GACAGUGCAGCAGCUUCAGAGAACUCGGAUUUGAUGGCUUCCCAAAAACGUUCCUCGUUCCGGUACGGAUCCAAAAUGGCAUCUGCGAGCACUACAGACCAUGCUAGACAUGGAUCUCCAAGGCACAGAGACUCAGGUCUACUUGACUCGCUGGGCAGAUUCUUUGGAGGGGAAAGACACGUUCCCCGGCGGGGAAAGGGGAAACGUGAUUUUCAUGCAGCCAGGGCCAGCCACCAUGUAGGGUCCAUCCCCCCGAGAUCUCAGCAUGGCCGGCCUGUUGAUGACAACCCUGUAGUCCACUUCUUCAAGAACAUUGUCUCACCCCGUACACCUCCCCCAAUGCAAGCAAAGGGCGGUGAAGCACACAAGCCAGGAUAUGGAAGCGGAAAAUUCUAUGAGCAUAAAUCUGCUCACAAGGGACAUAAGGGAUCCUAUCAUGAGGGCCAGGGCACUCUUUCCAGAAUCUUUAAACUGGGAGGCUCUGGAUCCCGACCUGGAUCCCGGUCUGGUUCGCCAAUUGCUAGGCGCUGAAGCUCUAAGAGGCCACCCAAGGACCAUG